AUGGCAGACCAAAAGGCUACGAGCGCAGUCAACAACGCGACUGAGAAUGUUUCCAACACGGCCAACACUGCUGGUGACAAGGCCGCAGGCGGUCUUGGGUUCGUGACCAGCACGCUGGGUAACACUGUCGGGGGAGUUACUCGAACGGUUGGGGGAGUCACUGGCGCUGCUACCAAGGGUCUUGGAGAUACGGUGAACAGCGCGGGAGGUGACAACGUUAGACCUGUUGGUGAUGGACUUACUUCGCUGGGAGGCGGUGUUCAGGGUGGACUUAAUAGUGUUGCUGGAGGCGUGGAGGGUGCUGGGAACUGGAACAAGAAGUAA